CGGUCAUGUGAUCAGCUGUGUCUAAUCACAGCUGAUCACAUGGGACAUGUACACUGAUCAUCAGGGCACUGAUGAUCAGUGUGCCCUGAUGAUCAGUGUGGCCCCAGAAAUGCCACCUGUCAGUGUCCAUCAGUGCCAGCUGUCAGUGCUAAAUAGUGCCACCUGCCAGUGCCCAUCAGUGCCACAUCAAUGCCACAUAUCAAUGCCUACCAGAGCACAUCAAUGCCACAUAUCAGUGCCCAUCUGAGCUGCCUUUCAGUGUCACCCAUCAGUGCCAGUCAGUGCCACCUAUCAAUGCCAAUCAGUGCCACCUAUCAGUGCUGCCAAUCAGUGCCACCUAUCAGUGCUGUCUAACAGUGCCAGUCAGAGCCACCUAACAGUGCCAGUCAGUGCCACCUAA